AAAAAUAAAAUGUAAAAGUCCAACAGAUACUUGGACUCAUAUUCGUUUAUUUUAGAAUUUGCACAAAUACACAUCUUAAUAUAUGACCUUAUAGUUCAAGACAGUAUAUACAAGUAGAUGUGUUAUCGCCAUUCUUAAUUACUAUAAAAUAUCUAAUUUGAAAACAAUAUUACAGUAUAUUUACUUUACCUAUUGAAAGUAGCUGUGUUCAUGCUAAUAAAAUUCACAAUGUUCUUCAAAGGAGUCUUGUUUGUUAUAAUGGUGACCAGUGUAAUAUGUGAACAAGAUGUACAUGAACAAGUACGUCAACGUAUUCACAACUACGCAGAAAGAGAAUGUACUAAAAACAAUGCAAAGGAGAAAACUAGAGAAAUAGAGGAAGCUUCUAUGACCUUCGUGGAUUGCAUGCUGAAUAGCGUCGAUGUAAAUAUAAUGCUAGCUUUAGAGCAAGCUUCGUCUGAAAAUGAUAUUGUCAAUGCGUACAAGAAAACAUGUGUAAAUAUUCCACAAAUACGAAGCUGUUUGUAUAAUUUCAUGAACGGCACAGCACCAUGUAUGAAAAGCGAAUAUCGUAAUGAGAUCGGCACCGCCAUGAAAGAGUUCGAUGGUAUAUUUGAAUACAUGUGCGGCAACGACAGCCAGAGAUUUACCGAGUUCGUGGCUGACGGUGGUUUGAACUGUUUAAACGAGAAUUCUAUCCCUAUCGGCGGGUGUGCAAGAGCAAUAGCUAUAAGCUUGGACAGCAGCAGCGCCGAAAACAGCAGUGAAGAGCUAAAAACGAGUUGUGAGGAGCUUCAGCGGUUCCAGAAAUGCUUCCACGAAGUCCUUGUUAAAUGUCCGAAGCCAUCGACCACUGUAUAUUUCGACGGACUUUUAGAUUUAAUACGAAAAUAUUCUGAAUGUUCCAAUUCAGUUUAAGAAUCUCAGUAAUACGUAUCAGAAUUAUAACUAACAAAAUGUAAAAUAGAUAUAUAUAUACAAAUAAAGUGAAACUUUA